UUGCCCAUCAAUAGACCACCAAACCACCGUAGCGCCCAUUCCAUGCCCUAACUUCGAUUUGCCAUGGAAGCCAUCGUCCAUGGAGGCCGAGCUCUCCUCUCUCCCCUCGGUUUCUCUCUGAAGCCUGCCUUACCUGCCUCAAAAUCCAUUUCCUUCUCCGCUUUUAGGCUUUCGAGGGUCGUCGUCGCGAAGGCUUCGUCUUCCGAGUCGGAACCCUUUGCCUCGCUCUCUGGAUCCUUCCGCGCCGCCGCCUCAGGUGCGGUUAUCCUCGCUGCCCUUGCCUCCUCCGCCUUCCGGCCUCCCCUCGCCCGAGCGGACCCGUCGCCGUCUGCUCCCCCGCCGGCCGUGGAGGUCGCGGACGCUGAAACUGACCCCUCCGUUCUGUCCCACCUCCUCGACUCGAACUCCGAGGCCGUAGAUGCCCUACGGUCUCUACUGUUUGAAAAGCUCGAAGCCGGGCUUGACUCCGAUGCCCUUGCCAUUCUCCGCCGGCUCAUUGCCGCCCAGCCGGAGGAGACGGAAUGGAAGUUCCUGGCCGCGCGGCUUCUCAACGAGAUGGGCGAGGUGGAGGAAUCCCACCGCCUCUACGAGGAGAUCCUCGCCGUGGACCCUCUCUCUUUUGAGGCUCUCUUCGAGAACGCUGUCCUCAUGGACCGGCGCGGUGAAGGUGAAGCUGUGAUCAGGCGGUUGCAGCAGGCUCUGGAUAUUGCGGAGGUUGAGCAGAAGGAGAAGGCUGCAAGGGACGUGAGGCUGAUUAUGGCCCAGAUACAGUUCUUGCAGAAGAAUGUGGAAGAGGCAUUGUUGAGCUACGAAGAGUUGGCGAUAGAGGAUCCCAUGGACUACAGGCCUUACUUCUGCCAGGGAGUGAUCUAUAGCUUGUUGGACAGGAACAAGGAAGCGAGGGAGAAAUUUUCCAAGUACCAUGAACUUUCACCUCGAAAGUUUGAGGUGGAUGGAUACUUGCAGACACCAUUGUCAAGGGAGAAGCUAUUUGGCACCGCAGAUGCUUAGAGUCUAAGAAGCAGAGAUGAGGCCAGGAUAAUAAACGAGAGGUAAGCCUCUCUUGCUUGAAGAGCUAAUUGUUCAAUGUUGUUGUAACUUUCACAGAUCUUGCAUUGACAAUCAAACAGGCAUAUAUGAGAGCAAAGGCUAUGUUAUUUGAUUCAAACUAUCUUGCAUUGACUAUCAAACAAGCUCCAUAAGUGAAUCAAUUUUCUUUUUUUGAUUCCUCUA